AUGAAGACACAGUUUUUAGUGUUCACUUUCUUAGUUUUUUAUCUGCUCAGCACUGAAGCCUGCAACACGGACCAGGAUCGUGCAAUUUGUGCGAACCUUCUACGGCGCUGUCAGGAAACCGAAGGCAGCAGACCCACUCCAAACCCGGUAGAGAGCUUGACCGCAUUCAACACUCAGUGCCGAGCCAGUGUUGGUACCAGCUGGCGCGAUGUAACUCGUUGUAACUUGGUGCGGGCAAUAUGUGAAAUUACUAUUGUGCGUUGCCAAAAGGUCACUUGUAGCAGUGUUCAGGCACUCAUUCAAUAGAAUUUACGCAACAUGAAGAUUGUCUCAUGUGUUUGGAGCAUUUCACAA